AUGCAGUCUAUGCCGCAUACUUUGCUCUAUCGAAAGUUGAACUUUCAACAGCAGAGAUUCCCGCAAGGGAUGCUGAUGCAACACCGAAAUUCGAUGCCUAUCACACCACAAUCUCAUAAAUCAUCGAUUCUUAGUAAUAACUCCGAGCUCGUAUGUGACAACAUGGUGAUUCCGUCUAUGCGAAAGAACACGAAUGCUGAACGAUUACAUGGACAUUCGAACCGAUUGAUAGAGGAUCCGCGACAUCGAUCAUUACUGGAUGACCACUCAAAUGAAAAUGGCAAUGGAAGCAUUCGAACGGCACAAAACUUGGUGUCAGGUGCUGGUGAUACAGUUAUAAAGCUAAACGUUGGCGGUAGCUCAUUUCGCUUGAGAGUGACGAGUCUUUUCGCGAGAAAUGACGACUCUCGACUCGUUCGUUUUGCCACUUACGACCAUGAGAGAAGAGUGACAAAAUGUGACGCUUAUAUUCAAGGUUCUGAAGAGUAUUACUUUGAACGAUCGGCAAACUUGUUUGAUGCGAUUUUUAAAUACUAUGCCACUGGACAAUUGCAUCGCCCUUUGGACAUUUGCCCCACUGAGUUUACCCAAGAGCUCGCCUAUUGGAGAAUUCCCGAACACGCUUUGUCAUCUUGUUGUUAUCGAGCGUUAAACCCACUGAGUGCUUCUAUGGAGGAAUUGGCGUUAAAGAUUGAUGAAACAGUUCAAGCAGCUGAUCGAUCUUUAAGAUCUCGAUUACAUGCUUUCUGUGAAGGAGAUGGAACUUUCUGGUCGACUCUCUUCACCUUUAUCAGCAUUUGUUUCGUGUUAAUCUCAGUUAUAGGACUCGUUCUUGGAUCAAUUCAUGAGUUUCAAGUACCGAUAAUCAAAAAAGGCAGAAGUCAUCUACGAGUGAACACUUCACAUGAAAACGAAACCGAGGAGCUCAAAGUCAACGAUCCGAAUGUGAUAUGGGAACCGCAUCCGAUUUUUGGAUAUGUGGAGACAGUGUGCAUUCUCUGGUUCACCUUUGAAUACCUUCUGCGAAUCACCGUCACCCCAAAUCGGUGCCAAUUCUUUUGCGGCCUGAUGAACAUUGUUGAUAUGAUUGCCAUUCUUCCAUUCUAUUUGGAACUUGGACUUGCCAUAUUUGGAAUCGAUGUCGCUAGCUUGUCCGACAUCAAAGGUGCUCUCUUGGUUGUAAGGGUCUUACGAGUGCUGCGAGUGGUUCGAAUUCUGAAGUUGGGACGAUACUCGUCAGGGAUGAGAACUUUUGCUCUAACACUUCGAUCGUCGGCUCGCCAGUUGGGAAUGAUGGGAAUGGUUCUAUCAACAGGUGUCGUUUUCUUCUCAACGCUACUCUAUUUCGUUGAGAAAGAUGAAAAGGAUACCCCAUUCACAUCGAUCCCAGCCGCUUUUUGGUGGGCAAUUGUGACGAUGACAACCGUUGGAUACGGUGAUUAUGUGCCAGUGACUAUACCGGGUAAACUCAUCGCAAGUGGAGCAAUUAUUUCUGGAGUUUUGGUGUUGGCUCUUCCCAUCACUAUCAUUGUCGAUAAUUUCAUGAAAGUCUCCGGAAACACGCACAACAUUUUCCACCCGCCGCCACCCCCAUCUCAACCUCCGCAACACCACACUCCGGUGAGAACACACUCGUCCACCAACGCUCCUGUGAUCGCUACAAGCUUGAUUACU